UCUCUGCCCCUCCCACAAUGGUGAGAUUUCCAUGCAAUAGUUUGUGUCUCUGCCCCUCCCACAAUAGUGAGAUUUCCUGCAGUACUGUAGUUUGUGUCUCUGCUCCUCCCACAACAGUGAGAUUUCCAUGCAAUAGUUUGUGUCUCUGCCCCUCCCACAAUAGUGAGAUUUCCUGCAGUACUCUUGUGUCUCUGCCCCUCCCACAAUGGUGAGAUUUCCAUGCAAUAGUUUGUGUCUCUGCCCCUCCCACAAUAGUGAGAUUUCCUGCAGUACUGUAGUUUGUGUCUCUGCCCCUCCCACAACAGUGAGAUUUCCAUGCAAUAGUUUGUGUCUCUGCCCCUCCCACAAUAGUGAGAUUUCCUGCAGUACUGUAGUUUGUGUCUCUGCCCCUCCCACAACAGUGAGAUUUCCAUGCAGU